CACAACGAAAACACACACCAUUUCCGCAAGCACUUUGAAUUCCUAGCUAUGAAAAGCUAAGAACCUUAAGUUCUAUAGCACCCAGGACAUACAUGGUCAUAUCCUAUAUAUCUUCGAAGUUUCAAUAAAGAGUGUCUUAUUUAUCCACAUCUGCUACCAUUGAUUCCCAAUCUUAGUCCUUAGACGCUAUUUUCCUGGAGCGCUUUUGUUAAGGCGGGAGGCCGUUUCGUGUAGCGUUGGUAUCGAUCAGCCGAGAAAAGGAGUGGACGGAACGGGAAGAAUGUGGUGGACCCAUAAGGAAAAAUGGAUGGACAAGUCGAUAGAGAUCUUGAAAUCCAAAUCAAGGAAGCAGAGGUAAAACUCUUGCAACAACAGCUGGAGCUCAUGAAGCUUAAGCAAAAACAAGUCAAAAAGGAAUCCUCUGGUUCAGAAGUGAUUCUUGACAAUAGGCCCACCAUAGCCACUGAGGAGAAAGGAACUCCUAAUGUAAGCCAUAUCAAGGCUGAACCACAAUCUUCGCAAGAAGAGACUGUAGAAAUACCUACAGGAAAAUAUUAUGUGGUCUAUAAUGGACCCUCCCCUGGUGUUUACACCAGCUGGUCAGAAGCUAGUAAGUUCGUCACUGGACUGAAGGGCAUAAUCCAUAAGUCUUUCCCUGACAGGAAGAAAGCUUAUGAAAGUUUGGGCAGCUUUAGGAUUCAAAACCCUGAACUCCUAACACCAGCAGAUAUUCUGAAAGAUUUAUAUCAAUCAGAUAAACCAAUAUCAAAAGUUAGCUCCAAGUUAACUUUGGCCAGUCCCAAUAAGAUCAUUGUUAAUCAACGGUCUUCUGCGAAGGACAAGGCACCUGUCAUUGAGAACGAUGAGAAGAGUUUUUCUUCCGUCACUCAGAAAAAUAGGGAUUGCAACCCUAACCAAAACGCCUUCGAUGCGUUAAGGACAAAUGAAAAUAGAUUAACCUCUCUUGGGAAAAUUCCCGUGAUUUCAACUAACAAAGUGCAGGUUUCAGAACCAGAAGAAUCAACAAUCGAAGAAUCAUCAUUGAUCUUUGACAAUCUAGAUCCAAAGCUCACACAAGCUUCGACCAUCCAUGAAUUAUCCAUUAUCAAACCAGAAACAUGGUUUAGAUGGUCCAAUCUAGCUAGAUCCCACAAGGGUGAAUCAGUAAUGGAGGAUUGUUUUUAUACAACCGACAAGUCUACAUCAACCGGUUCCAAGUUCAACUUCAUUGCCGGGGCAGAUCCAAAAAUGGUCUAUCAGACUUAUUUAUGUGGAUUAAUCGACAAUAUUUAUCCUCAUAAUAAUUUGGUAGAAUUAACCUAUUUUCCUGAUAACUUCAAGAAAGCUAUCAAGAACUUCAGGAAAAAGAUCAAGGCACAAGACAGGCCAGUAUUUCUUAAAUUCUACAGUUCUACUUUGGACUGGGAUGAAGAAGGAAAUGAACUAAAUCCUUAUCAUUUAGUGAAGAUAGGAAUUGCCUCUGAGAAGAGAAUUGUUGAAGAACCUACUGUUCUACGGCCCAGACCAGUAAAUCCAUAUAUGCUUCAUCAGGAGCGAGCCAUGAUGUUGAGUCAGAUUAACUUCGAACUCAAAAGAAUUAAUGCCAAUAGCCAGGUAAAAGUCAAUUAUGCCAGCCCGAAGGUAUUAAUGAUCAGCCAAUUUCCCGAGACAAUCUCGGAGGCAGAUGCAGAAAAAGUCAUAAACUUUGAACAGAAGUUUAAUGACGGGCGGUUGGAUGUCUCCAACAAGACAAGCAAGCUGUUUUGCCGACACGCGAAAAAGCAGGAUGCAAUUAAUCACAAUUGUCGCCAUUGUGAAAGUAAGGAAUUAGCGCCAUCAACUUCAGACGAAAAGUCCUUGGAUGGCACCGAAUUAAUGAAGACUUUAGAGGCUUAGCAAUAAAUGUAAAAGCUCUAGCCUUAUGCUUGUGCCAAAAAAAAAAAAAAAAAAAAAAGCCCUAUCCUUAUGCUAUAAAAAGAGAGCUUAGGCUUUGUAUUCGACACAACGAAAACACACACCACUUCCGCAAGCACUUUGAAUUCCUAGCUAUGAAAAGCUAAGAACCUUAGGUUCUAUAGCACCCAGGACAUACAUGGUCAUAUCCUAUAUAUCUUUGAAGUUUCAAUAAAUUAAGAGUAUCUUAUUUAUCCA